UUUCUAGAAAACUCAGAGAGGAAAUAGCGCCCCCUGGUGAAUAAACAAAACCUGACAUAACAAGUCGUGCGUGUGGGCGGCAGCGGAAGUGUCUGGACAAUAUAUAACAUUUGAGAAGACGGUGCAUCAGUGUGAGUUUUGUUCAAGUGAAAGGAAGAUGAAGAUUGCAGUGCUUGGAGCUACAGGACAGACGGGGCAGAAUCUGGUAAACCAGGCUCUCCAGCAGGGACACAGUAUCACAGCCGUCGUGAGGAAUCCUUCCAAACUGACAAUAAACCAUGAGAACCUUAAGGUGGUCGAGGCAAAUAUUUUCUCUAAAGACAGUCUGAAGCCACACUUUGAGGGACAGGAUGCUGUUAUGUCAUGUCUUGGGUUCCCGCCAUCUUUUUUCUAUGGCGUAACCGGCUACACUGAGUCAAUGACGGCAACCCUCGAUGCAAUGCGAGAAGUCAAAGUGAAUCGAAUCGUUACUAUGACAUCAUGGUACACGGACCCUAAUUCAGGGACCAACUCUUCUUUCUUCAUUCGCUUCAUGCUGCUGCCGAUAAUUCGUAGUGUUUUGAACAACAUGUAUGAGAUGGAGAAGCUUUUGGAGAAGACUGAGGACAUUCAAUGGACUGUUGUCAGGCCACCUGGGCUGCAGAAUACUCCAGUUACAGACAAAGAUUUCCAGGCCCAUGAAGGUUACUAUGUUCCUGAUGAGAACGGUUUCCCUGUCGGUCAGUCUGUGUCCAGAUCAGAUGUUGCUCGCUUCAUGCUGUCUCUGCUCAGCAACAACACCUGGAUAAAGAAGGCAGUUGCUAUCAUCACUAAGUGAAGUGGAAGCAAGUUUUAACUGACAUAGGCAGCGGAAUUGAAACACUUUUAAAGAGCUUUAUAUUUACAUUUAUUUAAGUAUUUACAUAUUUUUUACGCGCUGUUAUCCUGAUGAGAUUUUUUUUCUUAUUCUCUAUAGUUAUAAAUGUGCAGCUGUCCGAGUUUGUGAAAUCUUGUAUGCUGAAUUGAAUUGGGUUCUGGUUCAAUCAUUUAUUUCCAAAAUUUGGUUAGGGCAGGCUGGAGGAUAGUUGGAUUUGUAUGUAAGAAUAUGGAGAUGAUGCAUGAUGCAUCCUUUUACUUCUGAAGCUUAAGAAUGUCCUUUACAAUAAAACCAAAUCAAAGCAUUUUUUUUAUCAUACUCUGUUAUAAAUAAAUAAAAUAAAUAAAGGUUUUAAUCACGA